AUGUACCGGUUUGAGUUGCGCAAGUGGAGUUCCAAUAGCUUUGAACUUCUUUCGUCUAUUCCACCUCAUCUCCGAGACGAUCGUACCAUACUGGAACUCGAUUCGUCCAGAUCCACAGUCAAAACGUUAGGGCUAAUAUGGGAGCCAGGCAACCACUGUUUUAGAUUUGCUGUACCGCACUGGAGCACGGAGCCAAUCAUCACCAAACGUAUAGUACUGGCCGACACAGCUCGUAUCUUCGACCCUCUCGGUCUCAUCGGUCCAAUCAUCGUACAGGCAAAAAUUUUCCUCCAGGAACUUUGGAAGCUUAAAUCGGAUUGGGUCGAUCCGUUACCGAAAGAGCUUCAGAACUUCUGGGUCGAGUAUCGAUUGAAUCUAUCCGCUCUCGACACACUCUCAGUUCCAAGAUGGACGGGCUUCAGAAGUAACCUAGCUCCAACGGAAAUCCACGAAUUUUGCGACGCUUCAGAGGUAGCAUACGGCGCAUGUUUGUACCUUAGGUGUAAGUCAGUCGACGGGACAGUCACUGUUCGGUUGAUUACAUCCAAAUCUCGAGUUGCGCCACUAGAAGAUCUCACUCGGAAGAAAAAGAAACAAUCCAUCCCCAGAUUGGAGCUUUCCUCAGCACUACUGCUUAGUUAUCUCUAUGAAAAGCUAUGCAGUAGUUUCGAACCACCCGGCAAGGUAUAUUUUUGGACAGAUUCCAUGAUAGUGAAGUGCUGGCUAUCAUCGUUACCUUCCCGGUGGCAAGCAUUCUUUGCCAAUCGUGUAUCAGAAAUACAGCAUAUCACUAAGAAGGCAGUGUGGAACCACAUCGCCGGUGCAGACAAUCCGGCAGAUAUCAUUUCGCGGGGAAUGACACCCACACAACUACAGUAUCAGCCUCUGUGGUUUGAAGGCCCUCUGUGGGUAUGUCGAGCACAUUCUACAUGGCCAGAGUCAGCAGUCAUCCAGUCAGCGCUGGAUAGUUCUCUUUUAGAAGAAAAACUAUCUGCGUCACUUCCGGUUCAAACAAAGCCUCAAAGUGACAUAUUUUUGCUGAGAUCCUCGUUCCCGGAUUUCGUUCGGAUAGUAGCAUGGAUUCGUCGCUUCGCUUACAAUGCAUUGCCUCGCAACCGCAGUAGCAGGCGUCUAGAACAUUUGUCAUCGACGGAAUACAAUGAUGCUGUAACGAUUUUGGUUCGAGUUGCUCAACACGAGAGCUUUCCUGAAGAAAUAGCAGCUUUAUCGAAAGGUGAACCAAUAAAGUCAUCAUCUAAAUUGCUCUCGUCAAAUCCUCAUUUAGUUGAUGGUAUUCUCCGCGUCGGCGGUCGAUUAGCUCAUGCACCAGUGUCAGAAUAUCGUAAGCAUCCAAUGAUUCUUCACCAUCAACACCCACUGGCAAAGCUGGUCAUGGAGCAUUAUCAUCGUAAACUGUUUCACGCCGGUCAGCAACUUCUCAUAGCUUCGGUCAGAGAAAGGUUCUGGCCAACUCGCAUUCGCGAUUUAGCACGUUGGACCAUCCAUCGAUGUGUUCAAUGUUUUCGCAACAAACCCAAAGUCCACGAGCAGCUAAUGGCUGAUUUACCAUCCGUUCGUGUCACUCCUGCAGCGGCAUUCCUGAAAGUUGGAAUCGAUUUUUGCGGACCGUUCUACAUUCGCUAUCCAGUUCGUCGGAGUACGCCGGUGAAGUCCUUCGUAUGCAUUUUCGUUUGCCUAGCGACCAAGGCAGUCCACAUGGAAGUCGUAGCAGAUCUGUCAACGCAAGCAUUUCUGGCGGCAUUCAAACGCUUCGUAGCAGUCCGUGGCAAACCGCAACUAGUCAUGUGUGACAAUGCGACUAAUUUCGUUGGGGCAAAUCGGGAGCUCGAGGAACUCCGGCAGCAACUGUAUAACCAGCAGUUUCAGCACGAAAUUAUCAAGUCAUCGGAAGAAGAAGGAAUAGAUUUCAAAUUCAUCCCACCGCGCUCUCCGAAUUUCGGCGGAUUGUGGGAAGCGGCGGUUAAGUCCUUCAAAGGACAUUUUCGCAAGACCAUAGGAAGCAGACCGUUGACAUACGAUGAACUACACACCAUUGUUCAGCAAGUGGCAGCGAUUCUAAACUCUCGUCCAUUGACACCCUUGAGUAACGAUCCUAAUGAUUACACUGUACUGACCCCGGGACAUUUUCUGGUGGGACGACCACUCACAGCGAUUCCUGAACCAGAUUUGCAAGAGAUCCCCGAAAAUCGACUCUCUCAGUGGCAACGUACGCAAGGAUUCGUACAACAACUAAGGCGGAAAUGGAAGACGCAAUAUCUGUCAGAUUUGCAUAACAGGACAAAGUGGACUCGACAACGCAACGACAUCACAGUUGGAACGAUGGUCCUAGUAAAGGAGGAAAACUUGCCUCCUCAGAAAUGGCGGUUAGGUCGAGUUGCAGAACUGUUUACGGGCGAAGAUGGAAACAUUUGA